AUGUCUUUACUGAGGGCUAGAAUUUUAAACCCUAAAUCAAAACUCACUGUUGUUAAACAAACUAUUUCCAUUUCUCCAGACAAUUCUUUUUUACGAUUUUCAUCUACAAUGACAUCGACUACGCCUAACACAGCACAGCCUAAAUGGAAUCAACCUGAUCCCACCCCAGCUAAUACUAAGGCUCAUCUCAAAGUUUACAACUCUCUUACUCGAUGUAACGACUAUUUCUACCCUGUUUCUCCGGACAAGGUUACGUGGUAUUCUUGCGGCCCCACUGUUUACGAUUCAUCUCAUUUGGGACAUGCACGAAAUUAUGUUUCUAUUGAUAUCAAUCGUAGACUUCUUCAAGACUAUUUUGGAUACAAUGUUUUCUUUGUGCAAAAUGUUACGGAUAUUGAUGACAAAAUUAUUAUUAAAGCUAGACAGGUUUACCUUUUUGACAAAUUUAAACAGGACCAUUUGGAGGAUUCAUUUAUUGGUAAUAAUCUUAUUGAUGAGACCACCAAAGCUUGGAAAGAAUACGUUUCUGCCAACUUGGAAAAACACAAUGUUCCUACAAACCUCAGCGAUUUUUCAAACUGGAAAAAGGAAGCAUUGGCGACCCCGGAAAAAAUUUCUAAUGUAUCGUCACAAGAUCCCAAGUUUUCCAUGCACUUACAGGCUGCUACUGAGGGUGAGGCUGCUCUCACAAAUUACAAAAGCCUUUCUAUUGAGGAUUUUUUGGAAAAGCUAAAGCCAAUUCUUUCACCUUAUUUGGAUGCUAAAGAGGGGUCAAAAGUUACAGAUCCCGCUAUUUUUAGAGAUCUAGCAGCUUAUUGGGAAAAGAAGUUUGAUGAUGAUAUGCGCUUAUUAAAUGUUUUGCCUUCCAAUGUCACUACCCGUGUUUCUGAGUAUAUUCCUGAAAACAUUGCUUUUGUUAAAAAAAUUAUUGAUAAUGGAUUUGCAUACCAAACAAGCGACGGUUCUGUUUAUUUUGAUACUAGUGCAUUUGAAAAGAGUGGAAAACACGUUUAUGCCAAAUUACAGCCCUGGAACAGAGACAAGCAGGAUUUGAUUGAUGAGGGUGAGGGUUCUCUUUCUAUUAAAGAUGGUAUUGCAUCCGGGAAAAAAUCACGCGCCGAUUUUGCACUUUGGAAGGCUAGUAAACCUGGCGAGCCAGCAUGGAAUUGCCCUUGGGGAAAAGGUCGUCCUGGUUGGCAUAUUGAAUGUUCAGUGAUGGCAUCUGAAGUACUUGGAGAGAAGUUAGAUAUUCACACUGGUGGAAUUGAUCUCGCUUUUCCACAUCAUGAUAAUGAACUUGCUCAGUCUGAAGCUUACUUUGACAAUGACCAAUGGGUAAAUUAUUUUUUGCAUACUGGUCAUUUGCACAUUGAAGGCCAAAAGAUGAGUAAAAGUUUAAAAAACUUCAUCACUAUUAAGGAGGCCUUAGAGAAGUUCACCCCUCGCCAGCUACGUCUUGCAUUUUCUCUUCAACAAUGGAAUUAUCCGUUAGAUCUCAAAACUAACUUAUCUGAAGUUAAAGCUUAUGAAUCAACUAUUUCCAAAUUUUUUGAUCGUGCCAAAGCGCUUGUUCGCGAAAAUAAUAAUGCAGUUGAAAGUGGCGCCAAUAUUUCGAAAAAAGUAACAACAGAUGAAAAAGAACUUUACGAAAAUCUUUUUGAAACUAAGACUGCUGUUCAUAAUGCUUUUGCGGAUAAUUUCUCUGUGCCUAUUGCUCUUGCUGCAAUUGAAAAACUCGUUCAACAAACAAAUGUAUACCUAGGAAAGGUUGGCCAAAAUUACAGAGCCGAAGUUUUGGAAACAACUGCUAUAUGGAUUACAUCCAUUUUCCGCAUUUUAGGAUUUUCGGUCAAUCCUAAUGGUUUGGGCUGGACGACUGGAGACCAGACUUCAGGAAGUGAAGGAAUAUCUACAGAAGAAGUUGUUUUGCCAUAUGUUAGAACUUUAUCUACAUUUAGAGAUGAGGUUCGCAAAAAAGCUAUUGACAAAGCACCAUAUUCUGAGUUUUUAUCUGCAACUGAUCGCGUUCGUAACUUCGAUCUUGUAAACCUUGGUGUUUCAUUAGAUGACCGCCCUGAAGGGCCAGCCUUGAUUAAGUUUUUAGAUAAUGGGGAACAGCAGGAACUUAUCAAACAGCGGGAAGAGAAAGAGCAACGAGAAAUUGCUAAAAUUGCUAAAAAAGCAGCACAGAUGAAGUUGGAAGAAGCUAAACGAAAAGAACAAGAAGCUCUUGCCCAAAUCAAACCUGAGGACUUGUUUAAAAAUUUGGCAGAUAUUGUCCAAUGGGACGAAAGCGGUAUUCCAUCUGUUCAAAAAGAUGGAACAGAAGUUUCUAAGAGCCAGCGCAAAAAAUACCAAAAACAACUUGAACAACACAAGAAGUUAUACGCCAAAUUUAAUUCUACCACCUAA